UUCCACCUCUGAGUUGCGUGUUUGAUCGAGCUGGUUCGAUUGUCAAACGGAACCGGCGAAACGAACCGGGAAAACAUCUGUCGAAAAUAGAAAUAGGAGCAUUACGGCAUAAUGAGUCUAAUACAAAAAUUCCUUCCCCUGACUAGAAGCAGCACUCCGGCGCUGCAGUUCGUCCGCUUCAGGGGUAAGAUUAACAUCCAGCGCCCCAAGGAGCCCCACUACGAACGUGCCCGCGUCGUCGCCGUUACCCAUCCAAAGUACCCAGAGCCCCCAAAAGCGAGAAGCUGCUUUAAGUCACGUGCGGAGCGUACGCAGCAGCAGAUUGAGAACCCCUACAACGAGAUCAUUGCACGCGAGGUGCGCAACUGGCUGGACCACUCCCGGCUGGUGGCCAUCUUUCACCUGAACUCCAUCACCGCCGACGAGAUCUUUCGCGUUCGUGUCCAACUGCACAAGCAGAACCUGCACCUCAAGUCCUAUGGCCGCAAGAUCAUCGGCCAAGCGGUGGAGGGCACUCACUACGAAGCCAUCCUGCCACUUUUCCACUCCAAUCACUGCAUCGUCUUCUCUCCUGACCAUCAAAGGAUCGGUAGCUUGCUGAGGAUCACCCGGAAGGUACCGCAAAUGGUCCUGCUGGGAGGCAUCGUGGAGGAGACCCUCCUCAGCAGGAACGAGCUGAUGACCUACGCCCAGAUGCCCGGCCUGCAGGCGGUGCAGGCGCAACUCGUUCAGACCAUCAACCAGGCAGCUGGUCACCUCGUCCAGCAAUUGCAGGCGCAUCAGAACAGCUUGGUUCAGAUCCUUGAUGUCCACGCCAAGAGUAAAGGUGAAACCAAGGAGACUACGCCGGAGGAGACGUCGAAAUGAAACCAAGUCUGUUUAAAAGCAAGAUAAUUGUUGUCUUUCACACUAAACUAGCUGCUAAAAAUUUGUUGACUAUUUGGCGCAAUCUGGCUUUCACUUUCAUGUAUGUUUGACCGAUUUAAAAGUGCUAUCUAAAAUUUA